AUGACAUCCGUCAAUAAGAACAAGGCUCUGUUUGAAAAGCUGGAUGCCAGCGCAGCCAAAGACCAGCACAUUUUGAAUGGUGGAGCUACAACUACUGUACAAAAGAAACCAUCAUCAAUUUCAACAUCCAAUAAUUCGUCUAGUUUCGGCAAAGCAAAAUCAUCAAAUAAUAAUAAUACUAAAACAACCAAUAAUAAUAAUACCAAAACGACAAAUUCAUCAUCCACUUCAUCAUCAUCCUUUCUAAACAAGACUAAUAGUUCACCAUCAUUGAAAUCGAAUAAUAAUUCGAAUAGUGCUUCAGCAACCAAGACCACACCAACUCCACCUCCUUUCAAACAAACCACCACAACUCCCACUGCGCCACCAAAAACCAGCACAGUUUCCACCACUUCUGUCAAUUCACUCAACAAACUAUCAACCAACAGUCAAUCAAGUCCAACCUUGAAAAGUACUUCAACCACCAGCAGCAGUAUUAACAGUCCUAGUGGUAGCACACGUAAAGCACCUCCUCCACCAUCAUCCUCUUCAUCAUCAGCAUCAUCAACUUCUCCUAAACUGCCAUCAACACCAAGUACGUCAGCCAUCAAAAAAACAUCAAACACUCCAAGUACUCCAAGCACACCAAUUUCUGCACUUGUGGACAAUGAUUACUUUAGUUCAAUUACUAAAGAUGUUCCAAAGAGUGAAAUUAAAAUAUCUGGUCCUAAAGGAUUGACACACGUUGGUCAUGCCUCAACUAAUGAUCCAACUGCAUUGUUUAAGAAAAAUGCUCGAUCUCAAACGAUUACUGGUGGAGAACUUUCGAAUAGUUCAACAAAGAAGAGGGAUGGAGUGAGUUUUGAUGUUCCUGUAAGUGAAAAGAGUGAAAAGAAGGAUGGAGAAGCAUCUGGUUCGAGUGCUAAACAAGUUUUGAAUCAGGCAACUGAUAAAUUGAAAAGUGGAAUGUCCAAGAUGACCAAUUUGGUCAAGACUACUUGGGCUGCUGUUGGAAAUGAUAGUCCAUCUACUCCAACCAGUAGCUCCAGCUCUAGUGGUAGUAGCUUAACAAGUUCUAAGAAAUCAAAGCCAAAGAAAUUGCCACCAGUUCCAAAACCUGCAAAUUCAGUUCGUGUUGCAAAUACCAAAGUUGUGAGUAUUUACAUUCCAGAGAAUGAUGCUUCCGAACAUGAUCGUGAAUUGGAAAAGACCAGAACUGAAUUGGAAAAGAGAAAGACCAUGAUGAACGAGAAAAUUAAGGAAGAGGAAAAGAAGAAAUUAGCAGAAAUGAAACAAAAUAUUCUCCAAGAGGAGCAAGCCAAGAAGAAACAAUUGGAAGAAACAUUACAAAAGGAAGAACGUGCCAAAUUGGAAAAACUUGAAAAGGAACUAGCCAGUUUAUCAGACCAAAAGAGAGAAGAACAACUUAAACAAUUGAGAAAUGAAGAAGCCAGAAGAAAGGAGAAAAUGCUCUCUGAUUUGGACAGAGAUGCCAAGACUAAGAUUAAGGAAAUCGAUAGUCAAGUUCGUGCUGAAAAAGAAGAUCGUUUGAGACAACUCGAAGAGGAAAUGAGAAAAGAAGAAGCUCUUGCCAGAAAGGACAUUGAAAAGAAAUUCAAGGAAGAGGAAUUGAAAAAGAAACAAGAACUUCAAGCCAAGAUUGAAAAGGAAGAAAAGGAAAUGUUGCAACGUAUUCAAAAGAAACUCCAGGAAGAGGAAGAAAGAAAACUCAAAGAGCUCGCUCGUAAAAUGGAAGAAGAAGAACAGCAACGAUUGGAAAAGAUUAAAGCCAACUUGAAAGAGAUUGAAAAUGCUAAAAAGCAAACACCUCAACAUCAAGAAGUUUCACAAUUGAGAAGAAAGUCAGUCACUGCUCGUCUCAUGCAGGAAGAAGAAGAAAAGAUCAAACAAUUAAGUCAACAAAUUAAACAAGAAGAAAUGAAACGAAUUGAAGAAUUGGAAAAGAAGAUGAAACAAGAAGAACAAGAAAGAAAGCAAAGAAUGAAACAAGAACUCGAACGUCUCGAAGACGAACAACGUCAACUCUUAAUGCAACAAUUGGAAGAAGAGAAACGAAAGCUCCAAGAAAAAUUCCAAAAGGAAGCCGAAAAGGAAGCUGAGGAACACCGAAAGAAACUCCUAGCUCAAAAUUCUGCAAUCAUUUCGAAUAAUGUUUCAGUUCCACCACCUCCUCCAUCUUCUUCAUCAUCAGGUUCUAUUCCUCCACCUCCAGGUGGUAGCUCUCUUCCACCUCCACCUCCAACUGCCAUUCUUCCUGUCUCUACUCCAAAAAUUGAAAUUCACAUUGAUUUACCAGAACUCUCUGGAAGAGGUGACUUGUUAGAAAGUAUCAGAAAGGGAGCUAGUUUAAAGAAAGUCACUACAGAACAAAUCAGCAAACCUCAAUCCUCAGGAAAUGCCAUCACUAACAUGCUCAAAAAAGCCCUCGACCAAAAACGAAUUCACAUGGCAGACGAAAGUGAUGAAGAAGAAAGUGAAGACGAAGAUGAUGAAUGGGAUUCAGAAGCUCACAAUUUAAUUGAAUCUAAAAAGAAAUCAUUAGUCAACUCUGAUGAAUAA